AUGGCUUCUGGUCCUUUCUCCCUCGCUCUUUUCCUCCUUCAGAUCAUUACUGUUUGCGCCGAUGCUGGCAUCAUGAACGCUGCUGACGACUAUCAAAAGGGAUCUUACGGCGACGCUCCAGCUCAGCGCUACCUCUCCGAUCCCGAUAUCUGGUCACCAAUCUUCAAUGCGCCCAUCUGGAACCGAAGCGCCGUCUCCAUCGCCAAAACUCCGCACCUGCUUAUGAGCCUGGAGUACGAAUCCCGAAUGGGACCUUACCUCUUCUCGAGCGACGACCUGAGCUUGAUCUAUGCCAACCGCAACUUUGCCUUUGUGAACAAUGUCCGCGUGCAGCGGUACAGGGGAGAGACAGUGUUGACGUUCUGGGAGGGUAUGCAGGGGAAGGGACAUGCGCAAGGGGUUUGUGUUGCGCUAAACAAGCACUACGAAAUUGUCUUCAAUGUCACGAGCUCGGUGUCUUUUAGCGCAGAUGCUGAUUUGCACGAGUGUGAAGUGACGAGGGACGAUACAGUGCUUAUUACCAUUUAUGAAUCGACGGCCGUGUAUAAUCUCUCUUCUGUUGGGGGAAAGGAGGAUGAUGUAUUACUGGACUCCUGCUUUGAGGAGAUUAAGCCGGACACGGGGGAGGUGUGGUUCGGCUGGAGAGCAUCGUGGUUCUUCCAUCCCACUGCAUCGUACCACGAUUAUGAGCCGGUGACGCACAAUGGAUGGGAUCCAUGGCAUAUCAAUAGUCUCCAGAAGAUCAAAGAAGGCGAUUAUAUUGUCGACCUGCGGCGUGCACAUACCGUGGUCUUGAUCAACGGUACCGAUGGUUGGCCGAUCUGGAAUCUGGGCGGCAAGGGGAACGAUUUCGAGGAUCUGAGUGAUGGUCAAGCGACCGCUUUUGCGUGGCAGCAUCAUGCUCGUUUUCUGGACGAUGACUUGACGCAGUUGACCAUGUUCGACAAUCACCAGCUGGAAUGGGAAAAGGCUGUUGGAUGCACCGGGCCGGGCUGUUCACGGGGAUUGAGGCUGGAGCUCACGCACUUCCCAGAGAAGACCGUGAAGCUCGUCGAGGAGCAUUUGGCGCCUUCAGGCCUCGGAUGCUAUGCAAUGGGCAGCUACGAUGCCUUGCCUAAUGGUAACUCCUUGGUCGGCUGGGAUUCUCAGGCGGGCUUCACCGAGUAUGGGCCUGAUGGAACUGCUGUGAUGGAUGCUGCCUUUGGAAGAUUCAACACCAACGUGCGAACAUAUCGAGUGUUCAAGGAUACCUGGGUCGGCCUUCCAAACUGGAAUCCGAAACUUGCCCUCGAUGCUGUCAGCGGCAAUGUGCUGGCGAGCUGGAAUGGAGCAACCGAAGUAGUCUCAUGGGUCGUUAUGGUAGCCAACAGGCGCGAAACGUUAGUGUCGAUAGAUUCUCGCAGUGGUGCCGAUGAGAGUGCGACCAUCCACGCAGCGAAGAAGGGAUUUGAGACGUCUGUCGCCGUGGGAGGUGCCUUGGAUAAAUUCCAGUAUGUCAGAGCCGCGGCUCUGGACGUCGCUGGGACAGUGAUUGGAGCUACAGAUCUUGUGAAUGUUGCCGACGGCAAUUGCAUCGAGGUUGCAAGCCUUCCAGACACUCGUGGGUGGCUCGCUGUACGUUUCGGUGCGGAUCCAGACUGA